CUUUAUUUUACAACGCAAUUGACAACAUGGAAUUCCAUGCCGACUUACCUGUAGAAUACUUUAAAGGUAGAAAGUUCAACAAUGCCUAUGUGGCGCGAGCAAAAAUGUAACAAUUCAUAGUUUUUACUACGAUAAUCGAUCUUUUUUUACAAUUCAAUGAGCUCGUCAACAUUGAUAUUCGCAACAAUCAGUUGAUCAUGUCUGCAAUAAAUCACUCCAGAACAGCACAGGCUCUUGUUCGGUUCUCGCCAAAGUUUUUUAAAAACUACAAAUUGCUGCGAAAAGGUUCAGAGGAAACAGCAAUUCGAUGCACAGUAGUCAACCAGGUGAAUGAAUCUCGAGUUUUUUUUUAAUCCUUUCUAACCACAACCAAAGAGUUUGAAUAGUAUCCUAAAGAAAAAUAUGGCUAAUAUAGCGUCAAUAAAUACGUGCCAUUUAUCCAUAAUUCAAGGUAGUGCAGGUGGCGAAGGACAAGCGACCUCCCAAAUGGCUAUGCAACUGAACUACACCAAAAAUUUAAAAAAGACAAACACGUUUACAUACACUGAUGGUGACAGUAUAUCAGCACUCUACAGCGCUGAUAACUUGCAUCAUUUUGUCAUGAGUGCCGAACUUAUCAAAGAUUGUUUUUCUCGAUUCGAUCCAAGAGUCUCGGAUAUUUUGUUGAAAUGCACUCCUCAUAGUAUCACUGUAUCUACAUACACUGACCCGAACAAAAAUAUCAGAUCAUCUAGAUACGCUUACACAAUCGAUUCUGGUCGUUGCUCAGAAUAUUCGGUGAUUGAUGCUGUUAAAAUCGUAUGCAAUUUAAAAGAAUUUCACGCAGUUGUGGAUUUUAUGGAUCAUAUGGACACACCAAUACAUGCAAGUUUUGAGGACGUAGGCAAGCCGAUUUUGUUUACGUACAGGAUUGAGUCGAAAGUGAUGCUUGAUGUGGCACUCAUGUCACAGAUGGAUGAAACCGAAAAUAAUGAGAGCAUCCCGACACAAUCUGUACAAAUACCAAACAUCAGAGAGCCAGUCUCAUCCCGACCAUUUGGUCACUCCUAUAAUCCGACACAAUCAUCACAGCCAUCAAGAGACCGACAUAGGGAUAUAAGUAGUUUGACUACUGCUCCUCCAGAAACCCCUUAUAACUCACUAUCGGAAUCACCUGAGCUACCUAGCAGACCAGAUCCGCCAAGAACUGAUAUACAUAAUACGGUGUCCGUAGAAUCAAUGCCAUCACUGGAUUCAUUACAUCAUCAGCCAAACGAGCAACGGACCACGCGACAAGUUGCAGAACCGGGAUCUGCUUCUCAGAGACUUACAACUUUACAGAUGCUACGAGAAAAAAAAAGACAAUCCAUGUAUCAAGAUACACAAAUGGAGAUGGGGAGUCCGAUUUAUGACCGUACCAGAAAUACCACACCAGAAUCAAGAUCAUCUCUUGAUUUGGAAGAUUCUGCACCUUAUAUUAAAGAAGAAGGCUCUUCUAGGAUCAGUUAUAGGCGCGGUAAAAAGAGACCUUGUAUCAAUGAGGAUAGCGAUUGAAGCAUCAGCAAAUUCUGUUUUUGCUGGCGACUGCCGACUAUAUAAAAAU